AUGGAGCCAAGGAGGAACGAGCGGCGUUGGUUCCUGCCGUGGCUGCUUUGGGUCUCCGCGCUUCUCUCCGCUGCCGUCCGGACCCGCGCGGAGACAGGGUCUGGUGACAUCCUGAAUGACACUCUGGAGGAAGUCCGUACUAUGAACCGGGUCCCCAUUACAGACCCUGGCUCGGGGGAUGGGGCCUUCCUUCAUGUCACUGGAGAGAGUCCACACACUGUAGAAGAUUUGGCAACAACAGUAGCUGCCAGAGAAGCCAAUGUGACCAUCAGCACUGCCUGGGAAGCCGAAGUGACCGUCAGCACUGCAGGGGAAGCUAACGUGACCGUCAGCACUGCAGGGGAAGCCGAGGAGGGCAGGGUGCCCACCGGGGACCCUACCCUCUCCAUGCCCACCAUGGAACCUGGGGAAGGGGCCACCCCAAGCCCAGAGACUGAAGAAGGCUCGGCAGAGAUAUCAGGAGAGGAGGCCGAGAUGCCCACCAGCACUGACAGGGACGCACAGGCCAGCACAGUGCUCACUGGGGAACCGGCCCUCUUCAUGUCCACGCAGGAGCCUGAGGAAGGGGUCAGUCUGGACCCGGUCAGUGAAGGGAGUUUGACAACAACAGCAGAAAUGCCCCUUAGCACCUGCGAGGGUGAGGAAGAGGAAGAAGCCAGCAAGGUUCCCACUGGUGGCCCCCCCCCUGGCACACUCACAGCAGCCCCUGAGCAAGCGGUCACGUUUGGUCCUAGUGAAGAUGACUUGGCAGCAGCCACCACGGAGGAGCUCCUGUCCGGGGCUGGGCCGGAGGAGCCGGGCAGCGUUCCUCCCGAGGGGCCCCCGCUGCCCAUACCCACGGUCACUCCUGCCACAGCGGUCCCUCCGGUCACGUCGUCGAUGGGAGCAGAGGCGGAGGGCUCUGGCCUGGGCUGGGACCCAGAAGUCAGCUCAGGCUCUGGUGACCUGGGGCCCAAUGAGGAGCUGCUAAGAGGUCCCCCGGGCCCCCCGGGCCCACCUGGCUUACCCGGGACUCCAGGGAAACCGGGAACGGAUGUGUUCAUGGGCCCCCCUGGAUCUCCUGGAGAGGACGGAGCUGCUGGUGAACCUGGGCCCCGGGGCCCCAGGGGACAGCCUGGACUUGACGGAGCCUCUGGCCGCCCCGGGACAAAAGGGGAGAAGGGAGCAAGAGGGCCUAAUGGCUCAGUCGGUGAAAAGGGUGACCCCGGCAACAGAGGCUCACCAGGACCCCCAGGGAAAAAUGGACAAGUUGGCAUCAUGGGACCCCCAGGGCCUCCUGGACCCCCAGGGCCCCCAGGCCCCGAGUGUACAAUGGAACCUGAAUUUGAGUAUAUCGAAGGCUCUGGAAACAUCAGGCCACGGCAGGAACCCAGAAUCUCAGGACCAAAUGGUCUCAAAGGAGAAAAAGGAGACCCGGGAAUCAAGGGUGAAAGAGGGAUGGAUGGAGCCAGCAUUGUGGGACCUCCUGGGCCCAGGGGACCACCAGGGCGCGUCGAGGUCUUGCCUAGUUCUCUGUUCAACAUGACCCAUGGAUCCAUGAACCUCUCCGACAUUCCCGAGCUCGCUGGGCCUCCGGGCCCUAGAGGACCAAAAGGAGACACCGGUGUGCCUGGAUUUCCAGGACUCAAAGGAGAACAGGGCGAGAAGGGAGAGGCAGGUGCCAUCCUGACGGGAGACGUUCCUCUGGAAAGGCUGAGAGGGGAAAAGGGUGAACCUGGAGCACACGGAGCCCCAGGACCAAUGGGGCCCAAAGGACCGCCAGGACACAAAGGAGAAUUUGGCCUCCCCGGACGACCUGGUCGCCCAGGACUGAAUGGCUUCAAGGGUGCCAAAGGAGACCGCGGGGUCAUGAUGCUGGGCCCACCUGGCUUACCUGGCCCUCCAGGCCCUCCUGGACCGCCGGGAGCAGUGAUUAACAUCAAAGGAGCUGUCUUCCCCAUACCAACCCGGCCACACUGCAAGAUGCCAGUUGGUGCCGCUCAUCCUGGGAAUUCAGAACUCAUCACCUUUCACGGAGUUAAAGGAGAAAAAGGAACCUGGGGUCUUCCCGGCUCCAAAGGAGAAAAAGGCGACCAGGGCGCCCAGGGACCGCCAGGCCCUCCAAUGGAUCCGGCUUAUCUGAGACAUUUUAUAAACAGCAUGAAGGGGGAGAACGGAGACAGGGGGUUUAAAGGAGAAAAAGGAGACUCUAUCGGCGACUUCUCUGUGUCAGGACCUCCAGGCCGGCCAGGAAGUCCAGGCCAAGCUGGUCAGAAAGGGGAGGCUAUUGUUGGGCCCCAGGGACCUCCAGGUGUUCCUGGCCUCCCUGGGCCACCUGGCUAUGGAAGACCUGGUUCUCCUGGGCCACCGGGACCCCCAGGGCCACCAGGACCUCCAGCUAUCCUAGGGGCAGCCGUGGCCCUGCCAGGCCCGCCUGGUCCUCCAGGACAGCCAGGGCUUCCCGGAUCCAGAAACUUGGUUACAGCCCUGAGCAGCAUGGCUGACAUGCUGCAGUAUGCACACCUGGUGACAGAAGGGACGUUCAUCUACCUGAGGGACAGCACCGAGUUUUUCAUUCGUGUCAGAGAUGGUUGGAAAAAAUUACAGCUGGGAGAACUGAUCCCCAUUCCUGCAGACAGCCUUCCACCCCCUGCGCUCUCCAGCAACAACCCUCAUCCGCUUCGACCUCCACUGAUGCCUGUUUCAAGUGUCAAUUAUGGGAAGCCUGAACUGCAUUUGAUUGCUCUGAACAUGCCAUUUUCUGGGGACAUUCGAGCUGAUUUCCAGUGCUUCCAGCAGGCCAGGGAUGCAGGACUGUUGUCCACCUACCGAGCAUUCUUAUCCACCCAUCUGCAAGAUCUCUCCACAAUUGUGAGGAAAGCAGAGCGAUAUAACCUACCAAUAGUAAAUCUCAAGGGCCAAGUACUUUUCAAUAAUUGGGACUCAAUUUUUUCUGGCCAUGGAGGUCAGUUCAGUACACAUGUUCCAAUAUACUCCUUUGAUGGCCGAGACGUGAUGACAGAUCCUUCUUGGCCACAGAAGGUUGUUUGGCAUGGCUCCAACCCCCACGGAGUGCGUCUCGAGGAUCAGUACUGUGAAGCAUGGCGGACCGCCAGCACGGCAGUCACGGGAUUGGCCUCCCCGCUGAGCACGGGGAAGAUUCUGGACCAGAAAGCAUAUAGCUGCUCGAGUAGGCUAAUUGUUCUCUGUAUCGAAAACAGUUUCUUGACCGACGCUAGGAAGUAA